AUGAGUGGAUUAGCCCUACUGUCUGGACCUGGAUCAUGGCGGAGACUGUCUGGACCUGGAUCAUGGCGGAGACUGUCUGAACCUGGAUCAUGGCGCAGACUCUCUGGACCUGGAUCAUGGCACAGACUGUCUGGACCUGGAUCAUGGCACAGACUGUCUGGACCUGGAUCAUGGCGGAGACUGUCUGGACCUGGAUCAUGGCGGAGACUCUUUGGACCUGGAUCAUGGCGGAGACUCUCUGGACCUGGAUCAUGGCGGAGACUCUUUGGACCUGGAUCAUGGCGGAGACUCUCUGAACCUGGAUCAUGGCGGAGACUCUUUGGACCUGGAUCAUGGCGGAGACUCUCUGGACCUGGAUCAUGGCACAGACUGUCUGGACCUGGAUCAUGGCACAGACUGUCUGGACCUGGAUCAUGGCGGAGACUCUUUGGACCUGGAUCAUGGCGGAGACUCUCUGGACCUGGAUCAUGGCGCAGACUGUCUGGACCUGGAUCAUGGCGGAGACUCUUUGGACCUGGAUCAUGGCGGAGACUCUCUGGACCUGGAUCAUGGCGCAGACUGUCUGGACCUGGAUCAUGGCGGAGACUCUCUGGACCUGGAUCAUGGCGGAGACUCUCUGGACCUGGAUCAUGGCGGAGACUGUCUGAACCUGGAUCAUGGCGGAGACUCUUUGGACCUGGAUCAUGGCGGAGACUCUCUGAACCUGGAUCAUGGCGGAGACUCUCUGAACCUGGAUCAUGGCGGAGACUCUUUGGACCUGGAUCAUGGCGGAGACUCUCUGGACCUGGAUCAUGGCACAGACU